AUGCUGGUGGUGUUCAAGUCCGCUCCCAUCCUGAAGAGGGCGCUGAAGGUCAAGCAGGCCAUGAUGCAGCUGUACGUGCUGAAGCUGCUGAAGAUCCAGACCAAGUACCUGGGCCGCCAGUGGAGGAAGAGCAACAUGAAGACCAUGUCCGCCAUCUACCAGAAGGUCCGCCACCGCCUCAACGACGACUGGGCUUACGGCAACGAUAUCGACGCGAGGCCGUGGGACUUCCAGGCGGAGGAGUGUGCUCUGCGCGAGAGCAUCGAGAAGUUCAACGCGCGGCGCUACGAGUGCGGUCAGCUGGCCGACUUCGCGCCGGUGGACAACUGCCUGCAGAGCGUGCUGGGGCGGCGCGUGGAGCUCCCCGAGGACUUCCCCUUCAGCUACCCGCUGUGGCUGGAGAGAGAGGUGUUCUCCACGCCCAUACAGUGGGAGGGGCUACUGACGCAGCACUGA